AUGGCUUUUCCGAAAUAUUCUCAGCUCCCGCCAGAGCUUCGACUACAAGUGAUCGAAGAAACCUUGGACUCUGCACCCUACAUUGGUUGGCCCCGUCGAAACGAGCCACUGAAACACAACAUUAGCCCAUACGCCUGUGUUGACCAAGAGUGGAAUCGGGCUGUCGAGCUGCGGCUUUUCAGGUGCAUCAAAAUUGGACCCGGAGCAGAGGAACUUGAUGAACUUGGAGCCAUCUGCAGCAGGCGAUCGGGUCGCUUGAGCCGGAUCACAUUGAGAUUCAGCGACUACAUGCCGCCCACACCUGGCUACCACCGACGUCUGCAUACCCUCUUCGCGCUCUUCGAAAUCAUGAAGAACUGGAAUCAUGGAGACAGGGAACAACCAGGUCUGGUCCAACUCAGACUGGACUUCGAAUGCUUGGGACAAAAUUUUUCAAGGGGACCUGAAUACCCCUGUGACCUCGCCAGGUUUCCUGAAGUGCCUGUCAUCGGAAGCAUUCAUGAACUAGUGCCUUCAAACGACAAGGUUCCCAUACACCCGCGCGUUUUGGCUUCUCUCUACCAAAAGCUGCCAAACAUUCACCACGCAAGUCUGACUUUGCCUUCGAAGCCCUCUGACUAUGUCUCGACACAAGACGUCAUCAAUGCCAUGGACUCACUACAGGUCCAUAAGCCCAAACUGACCCAUCUGGAUCUCAGGGCUGGCUGUGUCUACGAUUUGAAUCCUCAGAUAUUCAGCCCAACGCUGUUGCCCAUCAUGGGAUGUCUGAACACGUCGCCUUCCACAUGGACUGACAGGCUUGUAAGCCUCAAAGUCCACCACACCAUCGUCGUGCCGGAGUUUCUCCGGGAGGCCAGCAAGGCAAUCUGGCCGAAUUUGAAGACCAUCGAAUUGGUGGGGGUUAUGGACGUCAGAGGUGAUGGGACUCACCCGGCUUCCGCUGUUCAACGCGCUGUCGCAGAGGAGACCUGCAGCAGUAUCAUCGAGGCACUUGCCAUGGUAGUGCCCAGCAUGCCGAAGGCUACCACAUUCCAGGUCAGGAUGAUCUUCAACAAAGAAUUCAGCGAGGCUUUCAAGAUCAGCAUGCGUCUCGGCAAUUUCGCAAGAACAGACAAAGCUGUCAAGAUGCUGCCCUGUGGCGACAAGUUUGUGCCCGACUCGAACAAUGGAGUGGCAAAAGCAGUCGGCAUCUACCUUUCUGGACUCGAUGCAACGAAUUUGCAAGACGUUGUGCGGUGCCAUCGUCGACAGGAGCUGGAGGUGUUCUCCUGCACUGAGGAUGGAAACAACACCACCACCACCGACGACAACCCAAGCAUCAUCUUGCGCGUACAAGUCAACUCGCGCCGAACGCAUCCAACCUGCAAAUCCCUCGAUCAAUUUCUCACGCAAAACCACAUCUCCAAGAUGCAUCUGAUGUGCAACGUCGACCCGGCCUCGGGCAAGCGCACCUACACCCUCAAGAAGGUCCUCGAGGGCAAGGUCACCAAGUCGGCGCACCCGGCGCGCUUCUCCCCCGACGACAAGUGGAGCAAGCACCGCAACCUGCUGCGCAAGAGAUUCGGCCGCCUGCCCCAGGGUCUUUAA